UCAUAUUAUAUACAAAUACCAUUACUUCUUGCAUCAGACAGAAGGUAUCCGUUUAAAAAUGGUGUGUGCUAUUGUAGUGUUGGUAGUUUGCUGUGAAUUGUGCUACUUGCUAUGUUUUUAGUUGCUAGAGUUAAUUAAUGUUAAAGUUACAGACUAAAGUUUAGUUUUGCUAUAAUCCCUUGAUAGUGCUAAUUUAACAAUAUCUAGAAAUCAAUGCUAUUAUAAAAGGCAGUGUCUCUCGGCAACUGAAUUCUCCCCCCCAAAAAAUUUCAGAGGUUUCAGAAGCAAACUUCACUGGGUUUUGGUUCCAUUCCCCAUGGAACUUAUCAACUGAUGCUUACGAUAAAUUUCAGAGUUCGAUGAACCUUAUUAUCUCUGAAGUACUUCACGACCCCAAACUGCAGUCCUGAGUGUUAGAGCAUUGGAUCCUUUUAAGUGGUUCAAUGUUUUUCUCAGCCCCGCCUUUAGAAUGGAAUCGGAGAAUCUAGCAGCGCCCCCUCUAGCUCACCUCUGGUCAAUCAAAAAGGACAAUGACAUGGCAGCAGGUAACACCCGAUGAGGCUAUACGGUUGCGCGCGCACGCGCUCUAGCUGUUCCCACUCACUCCCCUCUCCCCGAUAAUCGCCGGCGUUUCCUCUUUCAGCCAUUUUUUCCCAGCGUUGUGAAGGAGGAAGCGGCAAGAAGGUUCCGGACCCAAGCUGCAGCAUUUUGCUCCUUUUGCCAUUCCUUACGGGCCAGGCUUCGGAGACUUCUGUUUAAGCGGAAUCAAAUUCGGAUCAAAUCUCUGAGUUAUGUUUUAGCUUUUCUCUAAUCUCACUCCUUCGGUCUAUGGCAACAUCUCAUGAGUUGGGAAGUUCCUUCUUUCCACGAUUCUUUUGCUUCCUUCUGGUUCCUUUCAACUCCGCUCUUUUUCAAAAUUGCAAGCGGAUUAUCUAAUAGUGAGCUUCUCGUCGUUCACCAGCCUUUCCCUCAGCGAAACAAUCCUCCCUAGUUUUGGCGCGCGAGCCGGGUGAGUCUGGAGGAGGAGUCACUGCCGCCGCCGCCUUCGCCUGUGGUUUCAGGACCUUGGAGAGCUGCUUGGACGGAUCGGUCGGGGAACUGCGGCACCACUCACAGCUAAGCGACUGGAGGAUUGCGCAGUCCUCUCUCAAUUUGCGGGCGAUGCGUGCCUGCAAUUCAUGAAGUUGUGAUUCUACACCCUUUAUUCCGUCUACUAGUUGUGACCAGCCUGCUAGGACGCAAUUUAUGUCCAGGCGUAAUUCGUGUUCCUCCACUUUUCAUUGGUUUGGAUGUUGUGGGUCAACGCCACAGCUGAUUUCAUCAAAGCCUAAUUGGGAACCCUACUUUUUAAGGCCUUUUUGUAGCGAGGAUAGCUUUGUAUCCACAGCUUACUUGUUAACAAAAUAAUCCUUAUUUGGUUUUGUUUUGAUUUAAUUAGAAUAUGAGUGGGUACAUCACAAUUAAUAAACUGUGGUUUUCUUCUGGAGUUGAACAAUAUAGCAACAUUGCAAUCGGAGUGGGAGACUGGCAUUGUGAGGGAAGAGUGUAGAUGUAAAGCAGGGGGAAAUACCUCAGAUUGCAAGAGAAUGUCAUUUAUUUACAAAGAUGGAGGUUAAUUGAAUACUGAAGAAUAGUUAAAUACUCACUCCAAAAACUCUAAAUAUAAAAGUUAUCAAGAAAGAUAAAGAAGAUUCUACAAAUAUUCCAAAACAUGGACUAUCUAGGGUAGAAGUGGGGAUUUUAAAAAGCAAGCAAAUGGACAGUAGCAAACAAUUCUUCAGAAGAAUCAUAUUGGAGAUUAUAAUAAAGUAAUUGACCAAAGACAUUGGCUUGCAGGACUCAAUUACUUAAAAAUAAAUAUAUAUUUCCAAUAAGAAGGUGUGUUAUAUUUAAAUCUGGAUUACUAGUUUUAUAAAUCUUAAUUCUUUAAGAAGAAGCCAUAAUUAAUCCCUUUUAAAUGCCUAGCCUUCAGUUUUUUCUUUCCCUAAUGUCAUUUUUGAAUAUCCCUUCUUAACAUGCCUUCUUUUUAAAACAAAAUUAAAAUGUUAUGUAUUUCAUUUGAGUUAGGAGAAGAUGUCAUACUGCUGUAUCAUUGGAACAUUUGAGAAUUUUUUUGUGAGAGGAAACAGUCUUUGCUGAAUGUGAAAUUAUAUCAAACCCAAGGAGUUCUCAUAAGUGAAAUUAAUCUUGAGAGUUUUUCUACAAAAUGAAGAAAUUUAGUUUUCACAAAGUUUUGGAUGGUUUAACUUCAUCCUCUAGUGGAAACUGCAGUAAUAGUAGCAGUGGCAGUGGGCCUGGAAGGAAUUCUGGGAACUCCGAAGAGGCUGCAGGGACACCCAGGGAUGAAAUUCAGGAAAGGCUGACUGCAGACUACUUUCGGUUAAGCAAGACAGUUCGUCAUGGAUUUCCAUAUCUGCCCACCGUUUUAGCUUUUGACCCAGUUCAAAAGAUUCUGGCUGUUGGAACAAGAAGAGGUGCAAUACGAAUAUUGGGCAGGCCAGGUGUUGAUUGCUAUUGUCAGCAUGAAAGUGGUGCUGCUGUUUUGCAGCUUCAAUUUUUAAUUAACGAGGGUGCUUUGAUUAGUGCAAGUUCAGAUGACAUGCUUCAUUUAUGGAAUCUAAGACAGAAACGGCCAGCGAUUCUUCAUUCCCUGAAAUUUAACCGAGAACGGAUUACUUUCUGUCAUCUCCCUUUCCAAAGCAAGUGGCUGUAUGUUGGAACAGAGAAGGGAAAUACACAUAUUGUAAAUAUUGAAUCCUUCAUACUUUCUGGAUAUGUUAUCAUGUGGAACAAGGCAAUAGAACUAUCAACGAAGAUUCACCCUGGGCCUGUUGUGCAUCUAAGCGAUAGCCCGAGAGAUGAAGGGAAAUUAUUAAUAGGUUAUGAAAAUGGGACCAUAGUAUUAUGGGAUUUGAGAUCAAAAAGAGCAGAUUUAAGAGCAUAUUACGAUGAGGCUAUUCACUCAAUUGGAUGGCAUCAUGAAGGGAAGCAAUUCAUGUGCAGUCAUUCUGAUGGCAGUUUAACUCUAUGGAAUCUAAAAAGUCCCCGUCGGCCUUUCCAGAUAAUCAUUCCUCAUGGUAAGAUUCAGCAAGAUGGGAAAAAAGUUGAAUCUUGUAAGCCCAUUCUUAAAACAGAAUACAAGACCUGUAAAAACAGUGAUCCUUUUAUCAUUUUUUCUGGUGGACUUUCUUAUGAUAAACCUUGGCGAAGGCCAGGUCUGACAAUCAUGCAUGGAAAAGCGAUUACAGUGCUUGAAAUGGAUCACCCUGUGGUUGACUUUUUAACUCUUUGUGAAACUCCAUACCCAAAUGAAAUUCAAGAACCCUAUGCUGUUGUUGUACUAUUGGAAAAAGAUCUAAUUGUUGUUGACCUGACUCAAAGCCAUUUUCCCAUUUUUGAAAAUCCUUAUCCCAUGGAUAUUCACGAUUCACCUGUUACCUGCACAGAAUAUUUUGCUGAUUGCCCUCCAGAUUUGAUUCCUGUGCUAUAUUCUAUAGGUGCAAAACAUAAAAAGCAAGGAUAUAGCAAUAAGGAGUGGCCUAUCACUGGUGGAGUAUGGAACCUAGGAUCACAAACAUAUCCUGAGAUUAUUAUUACAGGUCAUGCAGAUGGAUCAGUAAAAUUUUGGGAUGCUUCUGCCAUCACACUGCAAAUGCUGUACAAGUUAAAAACUUCAAAAAUAUUUGAAAAACGGAAGUUGCAAGGCAAGCCAUCAGCAGAUAUGACAGAAGAGGAUCCUUAUGCAAUCCAGUUAAUGAACUGGUGUCCUGAAAGUAGAAUAUUUUGCAUAGCAGGUGUCUCUGCAUAUGUUAUUGUUUAUAGAUUCAGCAAACAUGAAGUUAAUACUGAAAUAUCGUCCUUAGAAAUACAGCUCCAGAGUGAGAUAGAAGAUACCAUUAGUCCUGAAGCAGAAAUUAUGACUCCAUUUGCCGAUGCCUGUUCCGAUUUUUCAACUUUAAAAGACCUCUCAGACAAUUGCAAUACUCCAUCUGAGCGAACAAUGGAUUGUGGUCCAUUUCUCAGUGUGAAGACUCAUGCUAUAAGAAUGCCCCCUGGUUAUCAAGCAGAACUUGUUAUUCAAUUGAUGUGUGUAGAUGGUGAGCAUCCUCAACAAAUAACCAGCCUAGCAGUGAAUUCAGCCUAUGGAUUAGUUGCAUUUGGAAACUGCAGUGGUCUGGUUGUCGUAGAUUUUAUGCAGAAGACUAAACUGCUGAGCAUAGGAAGCUUUGACCUCUAUGGAUCGAGUGAUCCCUAUCAGCUCCACCUUCAUUCUCCUCGCAGAAGCAAGCAGUUUAGUGCAGGGGUCACAGAGGUACCGGAUGGUCCACUUCCAAUGGAGCUGGAGCGGUGCAGGUCCCCCACAGCUUCAGAUUCUGUAAAUGGACACUGUACAAAUCCAACUUCCCUAACUUGCAGUUCUGGAAAACGGCUGUCCAGUGCAGAUGUUUCCAAAGUCAGUCGUCGUGUUUCUGGGAAACCUCCAUUUAGGAAAGCACAGUCCGCUGCUUGCCUGGAGAUCUCUUUGCCCGUCACAAUGGAAGAAAACAGAGAGAAUUCAUUCAGCCCUUCUCGAAGUUCUAGCAUCUGCAGUAUUGACAAAGAAUCUAAGGAAACAAUCACAGCUUUAAAUUUCAUGGAAUCAUUUUCACGGAAAAAUGACACAUCUUUGUCUCCUUGCCUCUGGGUUGGAACAGGUCUGGGUGUAGUCUUGACUCUUUCCCUUCAUCUUCCCACUGUCGAUGAAUUAAGGCAAACAGAGCCAGUAACAGUUUCACUCAGUGGUACAAUUUUAUCACUAAAGGGAGCAGUGUUAACCUUUGCUUACUUGGACUGCAUGGGAACAUUAAUACAUCCUCCCUAUGAAGCAUGGAGAGAUCCAAACGCCACUGAGGAUAGCGAAAGAACCAAUAAAAGGAAAAUUGUCCUUCAUUCUUCAUGCUCCCAGAACACAGGAGACCACCAGUUUGCCAUUAUCUGCUCAGAGAAACAAGCCAAAGUAUUUUCAUUGCCUUCCCAGAUAUGCCUCUAUGUUUACAACAUCACAGACACAUUAUUUUUGCGAGCAGAUGCGGUGACCCUCUCUAACAGUGUUUGCUUGGCAUGCUUUUGUGCCAAUGGGCAUAUCAUGAUAUUGAGUUUACCCAGCCUCCGCUCGCUGCUAGAUGUGAAUUUCUUGCCUGAAACAGAUACAAGGAUUGCCCGGACCUUUUGUUUUACCAAUGAAGGACAAGCUUUGUAUCUUGGUUCUCCAACAGAAGUCCAGCGACUGAACUAUAGCCAGGAAAUGUUUGACAAUCUGCAGGACAUGCUUGGUGAUUUGUUCAUUCCCAUGGACACGCCAGAGGCCCAAUAUAGAGGUUUUCUGAAGGGGCUGUUUGGUGGAACUGGUGGAACACUUGACCGAGAAGAUCUGUUUGGCGAAGCAACAUCAGGAAAAGCAUCUCGUGCGCUUGCUCAGCAUAUUCCCGGAUCAAUUGAGGGUGUGAAAGGAGCUGCAGGAGGUGCUAUUGGAGAGCUGGCUCGUGCACGCCUUGCUCUUGAUGAAAGGGGACAAAAACUUGGUGAACUAGAUGAAAAGACAGCAAGAAUGAUGUCAAGUGCAGAGGCAUUUUCCAAACAUGCACAUGAGGUAAUGGUCAAAUACAAGGACAAAAAAUGGUACCAGUUCUGAUUUUCAACUGGGAAGCUGUCUCUGAAUGUGCUGUAUUGAGACAUUAGUGGGAGAAGCUUCAACAGAUCAGCUUCUUGGCAGAAGCAGCUCUUGUUCCGUGCCGUUUCCUCUUUCCCUUUCUUGUCCCAGAGAGUCAAAGAAGAAGGUAGUUUUCCAAGGCCACUGCAUAAUGGAUUAUUUUCCAAGUGAUCAAUAUCUAACAGGCAAAAUUUAACUGGCUUUGAAUAUAAGCUGUGGAAAGGAUAAUUCCUGGUUUGAAGCAGCAUGUAUAUAUUAGAUUGUUAAUGCAGUUACAUGAACAAAAUUUUGCAUGAUUAACUGGCUUCCUAUACAAAAAAAGCAAAGCAUGCUAUGACUAAGGAAAGAGGUUUUAUUGUUAUGUUCUACAAAUACCCAGACUUUUUAAAACAUUUCUAGCAUGUUGCUUUCAGCUGAAAAUAAACUGCAUUUCUCUGAUUUGACAUUUUCCUGUCUGCAAAUUUAGUUUGAAAACAGUCAUGCAUUUAAUUAGUUAACAAAUAAAGUCACAUAAAGUUUAGCGGCCAAA